AUGGCUCUUCUAUCACAUAAAGUCGGUCCUUCAUCAUCAUCUGUCAAAGCAUUGGCGAUGAUCUUAUGUAUAUUUCUCCCCCAUAUCAUUGCUGCUAGAACACUUUCCACAAAUGGAACAAUUCCAGCAGUCUUUGCUUUUGGAGAUUCAACAUUGGAUACCGGCAAUAAUGACUACAUCACUUGUUUACUCAAAAGUAAUUUCCCACCUUAUGGGAGAGAUUUUAUGGGAGGAAAGCCUACCGGAAGAUUUAGCAAUGGAAGAGUAGCCUCAGACUUGAUUGCUGAAGGAUUUGGAGUGAAGAAGAUUUUGCCGGCUUAUCUGGAUCCAAAUGUGCAGCUUCAGGACCUACUAACUGGUGUAUGUUUUGCCUCAGCCGGUUCAGGAUAUGACCCUCUUACUGCAGAAUCACAGUCUGUUUUGUCAUUAUCAAAUCAAUUAGGCCUAUUCAAGGAAUACAAAGGCAAGAUAAAUGCAGCAGUUGGGAAUAAACGAACAGCCACUCUCCUAUCGGAAAGCUUUUUCAUUGUAUCUAUAGGAAGCAAUGACCUUGCACUAAAUUAUUUUGCUACACCACUGAGGAGCGCUCACUAUGAUAUUCAGGCUUAUACAGACUUCCUGAUUGAAUUAGCUUCAAACUUCUUUCAGAAACUUUAUGCACUGGGAGCAAGAGUGAUUGGAGUAGCAAGCCUGCCGCCAAUUGGGUGUGUGCCAGCAGAGAGAACACUUGGUGGAGGCAUGGAGAGAGCCUGCUAUGAGACUGCGAACCAGGCAGCAAUCCUCUACAACUCAAAGCUCUCCGCCCUAAUAGACUCCCUCAACAAGAGACUUCCAGAAGCACUACUCAUGUACAUUGAUAUAUAUAACCCCUUGACGUCCAUCAUCCAAGACCCUGCUCAGUAUGGAUUUGACGUGGUGGACAAAGGAUGCUGCGGAACAGGAACUAUAGAGUUUGGGCCUCUGUGUAACAAGGACACUCGGGGUACUUGCAAUGAUGCGUCCAAGUACGUAUUCUGGGAUGGCUUACAUCCCACAGAAACAGCUUGCAAGAUUCUCAGCUCUGCAAUAUUAAAGCAAGUUAACAAAUUCUUUUGAACUAUCUUAAGAAUCAUUCAAAAAAAGAAUCAUCGAAUUUAUAUG